CCCGCCCACGGAUCCAUUCGAACCAUCGAACGCCAAACCCUCCGGCCACCAUCGGUGUCGCGGAAGGCCAGAGGGAGUCGAUCCAAGGCGGCGCGCUGCAGGACGCCGACGCGGCGGGAUCAAGGAAGCAAGGAACCAGGGCAAGCGAGCGAGGUUCUCAUAGGCUCCGACGACCGCCAUGGACAUGGCCUCCGCGUCCGCGCCCAGCACCUCCUCCCACAACAUCUCCCUGGCGCAGGCCGUGCUGACGCUCUCCAUCAACGCCGUCCUCGUCUUCCUCACUGCCGUCAUCAAGUCCGCCACCUCCUCCUCAUCGUCCUCGUCCCGCGGCCGCGAGGCUGCCCCCGCUCCUGCUCCUGCGGCCGCCGCCGCACCCGCGUCGCCGGCUCCGGCUAAGCCCGCCGCCGCCGCGGCCGCUGGCGCGAUCGACAUGGACGUGGUGCUCGGGGUGAUGGGCGCCGGCGGCGCCGCCGUGUCGGUGGGCUUCGAGGAGGCCGCGGCGCUGUUCGACGAGGAGGAGGCGACCGUGGAGGAGGCCCGCGCCGCGUUCGCGGUCUUCGACCGCGACGGCGACGGGUUCAUCGACGCCGCGGAGCUCCGGAGCGUGCUCGGGUCGCUCGGGCUCGGCGCCGGCGCCGGCGCCGCGGAGUGCCAGCGCAUGAUCGACGCGUACGACGAGGACAGGGACGGCAGGAUCGACUUCAGCGAGUUCGUCAAGCUCAUGGAGACGAGCUCGUGAGUUAGAAUAGGGACUAAUUGGACAGCCGGGCCGGAGGCCCGGAUGACUCGGUCGGAUUUGUUCAGAGAUUCUUUGUUCGUUUGUUCUUUCUAUGUUUUUCUUGGCCGGAAUCGAGCCGAAUGAUGCAUACAGUACAUGUGUAUACUCAAAAUCUAGAUAUGGAUACACGAUUUUCUGAAGAUCAUUUUUACUGUUCUUCAAAAGAUACAAAGAUCAUCAGGAAGUGGUUCAA